CCGCGGUCGACUGCUGCUGAAUGAAAAUUAACAGAGGCCAUUUUGCGCUCGAAGCCACGGUAUCAUUCAGUAAUAAUAAAAACGGAAACGAGGGGCAGGUGCUGUCCUUUUCUGGAAAGACGCGAGUGUUUGUCCGCGCUGCGACUGUCAAGUAGCGAUAGCUUUAAUUGUGCCGCCGCGCGCCGCCGCUUCUAUAUCCCUUGGGUGGGUUUGUGGUGGUAGUGAGGAGGACAGAGGGACAGGACAGGACAGGACAGGACAACAUUUCUACCCGAGCCCCGGCGGUGACCCCCGUGAGAGGAAGCGCUGGGCAACAUCCAUGCGCGCUGGGAAACAGGUGUACGGUUUCAUCAUCACACGGACACCGCGCUAGCUUCCGAGCUGCUGCUGCUGCUGCUGCGGCUCGUGCGUUUGUGUGUGUACUUUUGUUCGAGUGACUUUCUGGAGUCCUUUCACAUGGAAGAGGCUCGUUACCUGGCGGAAUGUGGCAGAAUGGUUCGGGCGAAGCCGUUAUAAGGCAUUAAACAGGGAAAGAUCUGGGAUUACAGUUUGACCAGGAGGAUAGACUUAUCCUGAGCAGAGGGAAGAGGAACAGGAAGGACAGGCGCGUGCACUCAGUGCUCACCUAUACCUGACUCCUCCUAGGAAGUUUCCUGUCUGUUGAUUUAUGACGGAAAGUGUGUCUCCUCGUAGUAGAUCAGUAAGAAGUGCUCUUCAAAAUGAAUACAGAUAGCGGAGGAUACGCUACCAAAAUUGUGGCCUUGUCACUCACACUCUCUCCCAUGAAGAGGGUCCAGAGCUCACCAAAUCUAGCCACAGGGAGUGAUUCUCACUCAUCAGAUUUGGAUUCUUGGCGGUCACGCAGUGUCACAGAUGGCCUUAAGAAUGGAGAUGCCAGCAGCUCGUCUCUUGCUGCCAAAGGCUUCAGGAGUGUCAGGCCCAACCUGCAGGACAAAAAGUCACCGACACAGGAUUUCGUUCACAUACCAUUGCCACCCCCCAGGAGAGAGAGUUUCCACUUCUCGCCCACUGGCUCUAAUCCACCAGACUAUAGCUCCCUCGUUGCUCUGGCUAAUGAUUCUGGCUCUGGAAUGCUAACAUUCACUCAGAAUGAGAAAGCACUUUUGAAAGAGACAUACACCAUUAAUAGCACCUCCUCUUACUCUUACUCAGAGACCAGUGCAAACCCAGUCCAGCAGACACAGCAGCACACUGUCCCGAAUGAUAAUAGCAACUGUAACAUGUCUUCCACCUCAGAUCAACAAGUCCAGGAGCGUAAAGUGUCUUCACUCAAACUAACUCCGGUCACCAUCCCUAACCCUCCUGCUCACGUCUACUCUAACCCAGAUCCCCAAACUAAGACCCAAACUGCUAGUUCACCUCCACCACCACCCAAAAGGACUACCACUCCCUCUCAGCCUCUGAAACAGACGGCCUCAGUUUCUGUCCAUUUGGACCCCAAGAAUCUGAAAAGUCCAGAGCCUCAACCUCUAAAUCGCGCAGUGGAACCCAAGCUCCCAGAUCAAGGCCCAUAUCAAACUCCAGGUGCUGCUACAUCCCAGGUGGAGAUGACAAAGCCUCCUCCUGCUGUUCCACCAAGACCAUCUCCUUCGGAACUGUUGGGGCCUCCAUCCCCCAACCCUACAGCACAGCACUCCCCUUACCACUGCCACAGCUCAGAAUCACUCGACUACCCGUCAGGCCUAAUUCCCAAGGCCCUGUCACCCACCCCUUAUGUUCCUAGUGGAGUUGGUAGCACAGCCGGCGCGGUCAGUGUGAGCGUCGGUGGCUACGUGUCACCCCGCCUGACAGUGUCGGCUCUCAGCCACUACUCGUCCUCCACGGUGGGUCUGCUGGACGAGCUGCAGAUCUGUAGUCUGGACUCACCUGACGCCUCACCCACGCCGUCGCCCACCCUCAGCCAUGUUUCUACGUGCACGUCCACCACUGGCCCCGAUGAUGUGCUAACGACCUCUGUGGCCUCCACUGCUGCAGCAGCCACUGUCACUAACGGUCAGGUCCUCUGUCACGCUAUGAAUGGAAAUGCUAGCCAUCCACAGAGACCCCUCUCUCCCCCGUCGUAUCCUCCUCCCCCUGCCUCACUCCACACUGGGCUGCAAAGACGCAGCAGGAGUUCAGAGGGCAGCGAGUCUGUCACCAGAGAGUCUGUGGUGUCGGGCCAAACCAGUAUCAGCAGCACUGUGCCCAUUGCCUGCUUCUCAGAAGAAGAAAAAAAGGUUUCCAUAAUCAAAGCCCCUCAUUAUGAAGGCAUUGGCCCAGUGGACGAGUCUGGCAUCCCUAUUGCCAUCCGCACGACGGUGGACAGACCCAAGGAUUGGUAUAAAACUAUGUUCAAACAGAUCCACAAGGUUCACAAAGCAGAUGAUGACUAUUCAGACACAUACAAUGCCACAUAUGCCGUCAUAAACAAUGAAGACCACAUCCUGUCAUCAAACACAACUAUGGCCCACCCUGCUCCUCGCACACAUACGUACAGGCCGCUAUCCAAGAGCCCCUCAGACAACGGAGGGCAUCUGGGGCCUCGAGAGCCUUCCCCGUCCCCUGUACCCCCUCCACCUCUACCCAUGCCAUCUUUACUGCAGCUGAGGGCCAGGGAUAGUGAACGCGGGAAAGACCCACCAGACAUGAAUGAAUGGGGUCCUCCCGACAGAAAAGUGGACACACGAAAGUAUCGCGCAGAGCCCAAGAGUAUUUUUGAAUAUGAGCCUGGAAAGUCUUCUAUUUUGGAACAUGAAAGACCAACCUAUGAUGACAUAGAUUUAGAGAACGAGCCUUGGUAUAAGUUCUUUUCCGAGCUGGAGUUUGGGCGGCCGCCUCCUAAAAAACGCCUGGAUUAUAAUCCAGACAUCUCCGCCCGCCAGCUCAUUGAGUCCUCCCUGCGCAUCGUUCCUGCUGAGAAGGCUCUGGAGAGACCUGCGAGUGCUGCCAGUGACUACAGGAAGAGAAGGAAGUCGGAGCCUUCAAGUUCUCAAGUGAACGCUCAGUCUCAGAGCAGAGCUGUAACCUCCCCAAAACCAGUGGAUGCCUACAGACCCAGCAGCAGCCUAAAGAAGCCUGUCAUUCGUUCCUCACCAUCAUCACCUUCCAAAGCCAAAGGUGGGGACGCAUGCAACAUGUAUUCAAACAGUUUGACCUCCCCAGGUUCUUAUCAAGGCUCCUGUACAACUCCUGCUUCCUCUGACUCUGUUCAUCUCCAUGAGGAUGGCAGCUCGUCCUCCAAGCAGUCUGUCUGUUGUAAGAACAGUUGGCAAACAAAACAACAGGAUCCUGAGACAUGGACCAGUGUUGAGGAGGUGCCGCCCUCUGCUGGCAAACUCAAGUCACGCAGCUGUGAUGAUUUACUCAGCGACGGGAAUUCGGGUUCAGUUGGUCGCAAUGCCACCCGUUCAGAAAGUGCUGGGUCACUGGUGUGUGAUGGGAAUCCCUCAGGUUCAACUGCAUCCAAUUCCACUUGCUCACUGCCACGACUCCACCGGCGACUGACACAUGAAUCACCAGGCUUUCUUAAGCUCUAUCGCAAAAUGCACCAGAUUGACCGAGCACAGCUCAUCCCAUCUGAUGUCAUCCGCUCAGUCCGUGCUCGCAUCCUGGAACUAGAGAGUCAGCCUCAUCUGCACCUUCACCGCCUUUCUCCUUGGACACCUUCUUGGGGCGUGGAGGUGCCACAAGAUACGGUGCCAAACCGCAUUUCUACAUAUGAGAACCUUAUUCAGAAAUCAAAAUCCAUGCCCAACUUGGGUGAUGGUGAGAUGCCUUCAGGCGCUACUACACCGGGUGGCUCGUCAUCACGAGCCAGCAGUGGUGGUGGUGGCAACCCAAGUUUUCCGAAACGUCGUUUUUCCAUAGAAUCUUUACUAGAGGAAGACAAUAACGGCAACAGUAGAACAGUACCUCACUCCAUGGAUCACUUACAUCGACCCCGUAGCCCACCUGAGGGCCGACCUCGUGGGCCAGAACCUAACCAUGGCCGGGCCUUUCCUGCUCCCCCUGUCCCGCAAAGCCUUCAAGCCAACCAAGACUACUCUGACAGUGAACAAGACGCCGUUGCGUCAGACCUGAGCGACUUUAUCCAGGUGGAGGGCUCCUCAUUUUGUAGUGAGAGUGACUUUGACCAUUGCUCGCUAACCUCCUCUGAGAGCUUGUACGGCUCGUCCACCCUACACCACCACCUCCGUCAUCACCACCACCACCAUCACCACCACCACACUGGCCACCAAAAUGUAGGCCAGAGCCAGGGCUACCAACACCGGCACCUCAUCAGUAGCUGUAAAGGCCGCUGCCCGGCUUCUUACACUCGUUUCACAACCAUGCUCCGCCAUGAGAGAGAACAGGCCCGGCAGGAGCUCCAGAGACCCUCAAAACAGAGCAACCAGUCAAAAAUCCAAAGCUCACACUCCCAGGAAGCAAUGUCCAAGCUGGCCUUCCUGGUCAGCCCAGUGCCUUUCCGCAGGAAAAAGGGCUCACCACCUACCUCCAGAAGAGUCAGUGUUGGUGGAGGUCGAGGUAGCAGGCCUAAGUCCAAACAGGCCAUUUAUGAAGCACUAGAUGCAGCCUUGAGAGACAUUUAUGAGCACAUUCAAGCAGAAAGAGGCCACAGAGGUACUAGGGCACCUGACGAUAGCAUCCUGAGGCGAAUACUGGCAGAACUACUGCCAAAUGUGCCUGAACGAAGCUCCUCACUGCGGGGGAGGAGGGGCUGUUGGUACGGGGGUCACUCCUCUGCAUCAUUGUACCCAGAUGGUAGCCCCACUGGGUGUGCCUCUUACAGAGAGGAUCCAUCCACACCACGGAUACAGUCACCAAUCAGUGCCUGUUAUGGACGCCAUUUGGACACCACAAACAAUCACGAAUAUGGAGAGGAGCAGGGCAAUGGAAAUGGUCUCUGUUUUUCAGACCAGGAUGUCUCCAGGAGUUAUUCCACCAUGGAAUCCACCAUCCACACACCUACACCUAGAAGACCUACUCCUGACAGAGAGGUCUCCCAUAAACAGAUGACACAACUUAUUCUGUUCUCUCUCCUUCACCAGAAACAGCCUGCAAGAGCCAUUUAUGAUUUUAAGGCACAAACGGCAAAGGAGCUGACAUUUAAAAAAGGUGACGCAGUAAACAUCAUCAGACAGAUAGAUAACAACUGGUAUGAAGGAGAGCACCGUGGACGGGUGGGGAUAUUCCCCAUAUCAUAUGUAGAGAAAAUGCCAUCUGCAGAGAAGCAGCAGCCAAUCCGCCCUCCUCCGCCAGCACACGUCAGAGAGAUCGGAGAGGCGGUGGCUCGGUACAACUUCAAUGCUGACACUAAUGUGGAGCUGUCGCUCAGAAAGGGUGAGAAAGUAAUUGUGAUAAGGCAGGUGGAUCAGAACUGGUACGAGGGCAAGAUCCCGGACACAACCAAACAGGGCAUCUUUCCCGUGUCCUACGUUGACAUCAUGAAGCGCUCCCCGUCCAAGAGCUCCACCCACCACACAGACUCACGUGGUCACCCUGGCAUCAGGACUCCAAGCAGUACACCCGUCAAGCCUUUCUACCAUCUACCUCCAUCAACCACCACAUGUGACUUCCCUUCCCCUCUCCCCUCGUUGAGAAAGCCUGACCUGCAAACUAUCACCAGUGAGUGGCUGUCUCUCACAAUGGACCCAUCCGCAUCCCCUCCAGCUCAUUCUUGCCCCCCCACCCCUGCACCGCCCACCCCUCCCCCUCUUCCAGCUGAACUUGUCCCUUUUCCGAUGGCUAAGAGACCCUCACCUACACUGACACAAAGAGGCUUUGCCCUCCCACCCCAGACAUUUUCCAGAACUCCACCAUUUAGGGAAGAAAGACCUAGUUUAGGUCACACUCCAGCUGUUCUGCCUUCCUCGCAACCUCCUCCCUCUACUCAUUCCUCACUCACUUCCCCACCACCUGACUCUUUUCAUGGAUACAACAGCAGCAGCCGGGGGUUGACUGAAACCGCCCAGAUUUCACACCCUGUUAAGCCAGAGGUUUUGUGCAUCACAGCCCCAGAGCCAGUAAAGUCACAAAUUCCACAGUGGUGCAAUUCAAAUGCACCAGUACAAAAAAGCAUCAAAGCCCCCGACAUUAAGCUACAAGUGAAAGACCCUUAUGAUGAGCUAUUGUCUCUGAUCCUGGAUGAUUCUGCUGAAACAGAUGAUGCUAAUUUAUCAAGAUUAUCUCCAAUAGAUUCCCCACCACCUCCGCUAACCACCGAAUCCCAGAGCAGGUUUAAGUUAAAAGAAGAUUCUCAUCAGCCGACAGGGAAACCUCCAGUAUUCACUCCUGCCAGUAAACCAGCUGGUAGCGUUCGUGUUGAGGUGCAGUUUCACAAGCCUGUGGCGAUGCAGCCACUGCCCGUCACCUGGGGAGCACAGCCAAAAACUCUGAAAGACGACGAACCGUUCCAGUCUCAAAGGCCACCGUCAGCCAAGGGGAAGACAUUCACUGAGUUGUUCAUUGAGGAAGAGGAUGAAGCUUUAGAAGAAAAAGAGGACAGUAGAGUUUUAGAAAGUCUCGGUCCACAGGCUGAGGUCUCUUCAACCAUCCUGACACGACUUUCUCACCCCGGCAUCUCUUCACCUUCCAUUCGUCCUCCUCCCACCUCCGUAUCUCCCCCUUCUUCUACCUCUUCUUUUGCUCCUCCUCCUUUGUCUCCUUCCUCACGCUCACAACAGCACGAUGACCGCACCGUCCUUACAUCUCCCUCGCGCUCCCCUCGGCCUCCAGCCCUCCCUCGCCUCUCUACGUCCCCCCUACCGCCAGUCUCUCCCUCACCACCCGUCUCGCCACCUCCCCUCCGCUCCUCACUGCAUUCAAACCCUCAACCCUUCAGCUCUCCCUGCCCCUCUCUUCCGGCCACAUCCCUCCUCGACUCGGAGUCGCCUACACCACUUCACACCCGGUCUCCACCUAAAGCUGCCUCUCCUCCCCUCACUUCUCCAUCCUCUCCCCCUGCUCCCCCCGCUGUACCCUAUCCAGGACAUAGGUCUCCCAAGGUGAAGCAGGAUCCCGUUGUUGGUGGUAAACCUCCCCGUAGCCCCAUCUUGUCCCGGAGGUCCUAUCUGUCUUCUGUUAGAGGUCGAAGGCGACUCGUACAGGAUGCACUACAAGGCGGAGGAGACCCAUACCAGGUCUUGUACAACUACAUGCCUCGCAACGAGGACGAGCUGGAGCUGAGGGAGAGCGACAUCGUCGAUGUGAUGGAGAAAUGUGACGAUGGCUGGUUUGUCGGGACCUCUCGAAGGAGCAAGUUGUUUGGAACCUUCCCAGGAAACUACGUGAAGCAGCUAUAAUGAUGAUUCCAGAUGAACACCCUGGCCACGUCCCUUCUGUGACACCACACACCCCCCCCCACCCUUCAGUGACACGUUCAUGGCUGUGAGCACAGCACCUGCAGAAUCCCACCUCCAACAAGCGGUCAACAGAGACCUGUGGCACAUUGUGUACGUGUGGCUCAUCAGCUUCACACAAACGGAACAUUUAGCUCUAACUAGCCAUCCUUAAUGGAAGACUUCUAUGAGAUAAUGUUGUUGCUGUUUUUUUAACUUUAUUUUUUUAGAACCUAAACUCUGUGCGUCAGUCAGCAGCUGUUCACGCUCGACAGCGACGGUACAGUGAACAGUGUAAGGCAGCGACCGUAAGAUCACAACUUUCACAGUAUCCUCUAACUUUAAAACACUCGUCACAUUUUAUUUCAGUGUUUGAUUACAAAUAUCCACAAAGACACUUGGUGCAGAGAGUGAUGCACAAACAGUAUUCUGUCUGUUGUCUGGAUUGUGAUUGGGGGGGGAGGGGCUUGCAGCCAGCAUCAGUGUCGGAUAAAAGGAGUUACACGUGGAACAGACUGUGCAUGUAUCAAUGUUAUGUGUUACCCAGUGUAUUGAUUAGCUGAUAUUUGGGGAUAUCAUGAAUCAUAAUUGAUCAUUUUUAAAUUUUGCAAAUGAGAAAGUAGGAAAAUAUCAUUGAACCUCUUCUGCUUUCUGUCUAAACCUAAUACAUUAGAUUUAUAAAAAAAAAAUAAAAAUAGAUAUAUAUGAUUAUCUCCAUCUUCACACUAGGAUUGAUGCACUUUAUUGGGAUUUUAACAGAAUAUUUGUUUCAUUUCAAAUUUCACUUCAGAUUUUAUACCACUACAGGUUGUUAUGAUCUUGUUUUUGUUUUUUGGAGGAGGGGGAAUUGGCCAUGUUUGAAAAGUGUAUGUAAAAACAGUUACUGAGUUACUUUUAGGUAUUAUUAUAUUUAUUAGAGGACGAAUGCUGGGUUUUAGAAAGGAAGGGAAAAGUGUUGCUCUUUUUAACACAUUUUAACGGCGGCAGUGACACAUUGUUAUUUAUCAUUGUCCCGGAAUAACGUUGAGGAAUAACAUGAGAUUUGAUGGACUGUGGUCAAUUGUUUCCAGGUGUCAUGUUAUGUUGAAUUUAUUUAAGUCAGAUACAGAGUGAGAUUGCGUUUAAGAAAAACACCAACGUGAGUCGUGGAAGUGCAAUUUUUUCCAUUCGACUUUCAAACCAUGUUAUCAGCGUGAAUAGGUUGUGAGGUCACUGUUUAUGUGUUCGUGUACUACUUUGAGUUACUGGCUUUUCUUUCGCCGUAGCUCAUCAUGCACAGCGAAUGAUCAUGUUUGUUCGUUUUUUUCCUUCAUUUCACAGAAGCUGGAUACUGACGAAGCAAAUGUUAAAGCACCUUAAGAUAUUAUUUUUUAUUAUCAUUAUUAUUAUUAUUAUUAUUAUUAUUAUUCACUGUCUUUCAUGUCACACCCACUCCUUCACCUCAUCAUACACUAUUUUAGAUAGUGUGAGAACACUUUAUAUAUGUGUGUGCGCGUGUGUGUGUGUGGUGUUUUUGUAAGCCUUUUGUAUGAGAGCUGUAAAAUGGCCAACAUCCACUUGCUUUAUAAAGUCUGCUUUUUCUCACCCACCAUCAUGAUUGGUUUCCUUUCCUUUGUUCACGUUUCUGUCAUCACUGGUGCUAAUUUACACUUUAUUGACUGCUUUGUAGCCAGGCAUUAGGCCUUUCUGUUCCCUCUCUGUUUCUUUCUUCUUCUUUCUUCUUCUUUCUUUUUGAAGACUUGUUGACGUAUUAAGGCUGAAGUAAACGUAGGUAGAUGGAGUAGAGUUGGUGGUUGUUGCCUUACUCACCAGCUCACUUAAUUUAAUAGCCAUGUAUAUUGUAAACUUACUCUGUGAUGCAAAAAAAAAAAAAAGUAAUCAUUUAUUCAUACAGUAGGUAGUGGAGAAAACGUCAUGACAAUGUGCACAAGAAACUUUCACUAAGCCUCUUAUCUCCCUUUGAUACACGAGGAACAUAUUUGGACAGAAGACAUUUGAUUCCUGACUAUGUUUAUACAUGUAAUGGCAAUGUAAAUCUAUGUUACUCCUGUUCAUGUCAAAGUCACUGCACACUCUUGGACCUAUAAGUAUUUCUACAGUAUCUUAGCAGUUAUUGGAUGGCUUUAUGGCGCUGUGUUGCUAAUAAAGUCCAGCUGGUAGAUGAA